CUGGAUCCAAAAUUCAAGUCUGUGACAUGCUAUAAUUGUGGAGAGUUGGGACACUAUGUGGGCCUGUGCACUAGGAUCAAGAGGUGCUUCAUCUGCAGCAAGACUGGACACCAUAUGGACAAUUGCCUUAUGUGGUAUUCUCUUCUUCCUACUGCUCAAUAUUGGGGGAGUGCAAAUCCAGGUCUGGGUUUCUUCCAUGUGGAAGUGGAGGGUCCAGAAGCUGUGCAAUGGCUAAAUAUGGACAAUGUUGGUGUGGUGGUGGUCAAGGAAGGUGAAAUAUCUGCUGGUGACCUGGAGAAGUGUUUCACUGAUAUGUGGAAGGCAAAUUGGUUCUGGCAGAUAAGACAGAUUGGUCCAAAGAAGUUCCUAGUGAGAUUUCCACCUAGCAAAAGGAUAAAAGACUUGGUGGAAUACCCUUCCAUCAAUCUAAAAAAAGAUGGGGUGGUGAUCUAUUUUGAGAAUUGGGAGGGGGAAGCUGAGCCUUUUGAGGAGUUUCAGGAAAUUUGGAUCAAGAUAUAUGGUAUUCCUGCCAAAUGGUUGACCUGGAAAACUAUCUGCCAAGUCUCAACAUCUCUGGGUGUGCUUGUUAAUGUUGAUUGGCAUGGCAUAUUCAGAAGUUUCUAUGAAGAGGUCAGGGUCAAGGUAGCUGUUAGAGACAAGACCAAGAUCCCAACCAACAAGCUGUUUGAGAUGGAGCAGUGUUUUUAUCUGAUCAACUUUGUGGUAGAGAGUGAAGGAGAAGCUAUUGAUGUGGAUGAUGACGAUGAUGAAGAUCCUGGUCUGGGCAAUAAGGGUGACACAGUGAAUGAUGAUGAUGAGAUUGGUGAUGAUUUCAAGAGCUUGGACAAGGAUAAGCAAAGUGGAGCUAACAAUAAGAUGGAGACAGAAUCUUCUAUGCCUCUGGGUGGGAGGAGUGAAUCUGCUGCUCAUCAGAAGCUGGAGAUGUCUGUGUUGGAAAAAGUCCUUGGGAAAGAACCAGUUGUGCAAGUCAGUCAUGCUUUAGUCUUAAGGGAAGCUGAGGAAAAUAUUGGGAAGAAUCUGCUCCAGCAUUUUGAUGAUGAAAGUGAGGAGGAAGCUGAUGCUGUGAUCCAGAAGGAAGAUGGUCCUGUGCUCAACAAUUCUGCUCCUGUGGUGGCUGCUAUGGCUUGGAAGGAGAAGAAGACCUGGGGACCUGUUCAAGCUACAAGGAUGAGCUCCAGGAUUCCAAGAGAUGGUAAAUCUGCUAUAGAAAAAGCUCAAGAUUUGAAGAAGGCUAAAAAUUUGGAGAUUCCUAAAGCUAAUCAGAGAAGAAGGAAGAAACAGAUCUGUCAAUUGCAAGGUGAUGAGGGUAUGGUGGAUGAUAACAAAGGUUUUGUGGAGACGCUUGCUAAGCAAUUGUGCUCAGUGGAAAAUUCUGCUGAAAGAGGAGGAAAAAGAAGAGCUGAUAGGCCUGAUGAACAAGUUGGAAGGAGUGGCCAGAUUGCCACCAAUGAUAUUGUGGCCGGAUCCUGGGUGAUUCCACAGAAAAAGGUAAGAACUACUCUGGAAGUGUGUGACAGGAACAAUGCGAGAGGAUUGGGCCCAAUGCUAAUGACUGCGGAAGAUCUGGCAAGAACCCUGGAUGCAAAUGACCUGAUCCUGGUGGGGGAUGGAGCUUACUUUCAGGUCAUGGGGCGGCAGUGACUUUGCCUGUGUUCUUUUGGUGGUUAGUUCUAAGUGUUUGGCUCUCUCGUGUGCUGUCUGGUGUUGUAAUAAGUAAGUUUCUUGCGAGGAGGUUGAUGUGGAAGAGUUUAAACUUC